AUGCGCACGCGGCUAGUGCUGAACGGGCUGACAGCGGAAGUGGGCGAGUCGCGCGCUGGCCCGCCCGCCUCGCCAGAGCCCUACCACGAGCUGGAGCUGUACCGCCAGCUACUGGCGCUGCCGCGUCGUGCGCUCACCCCAGACCCAGAGCCACCACCAAGAGAAGUUACUAUUUUCCAUGGAAAACAAAAGUUGAGGAUAAACUCGUGGUAUACUCACAUGCAUGCUAAUUAUCGUGACGUCACUGGAUGGAUUUAA